CAAUGGCCGUGCCGAAUCUGCCGGAGGCUUAUCACCGAGGACCCCGAGCCGACAAGCUAAUGACAAAUCUUGGACCUGGAGCUCAACGCCUCCUCCACCAAAAUUCACCUCUUCUCUUCUUCUUCCCACUGGCUUAGCUUGACGUUUCUUCGUCCUUGCAACUGCCAGACAUUCAAUUCAUAAUGUCUUCCAAUAUCGCUUCAUGCGCCCUGCGCUCGGCGGGCCGAGUUGGCUUGAGCCCAGCCUUUCGCGUCACUGUAGCUCCUCUGCGAGGUAUGGCUCGCGCAGCUGUCGUGGCGAGGCGCACAUCACAACGUGGAUAUGUAUCCGAGACCAAGAGGGACAAUGCUCAGGUUGAGACGGCUAUCAAGCUCGAUAAGAAGGCCUUUGCUGACAUCCCUCCUCCUGAUACUCCCUCCAAUGCUAGCGUUAGCCCAAUGGCUGAAGUCCUGAAGCAAGCAGCAGUUAUGGAAGAGGGCCAGCGUCCCAUCUACCUCGACAUGCAGGCUACAACACCCGUCGAUCCUCGAGUUCUCGAUGCAAUGAUGCCAUUCUAUGUCGGCGUCUACGGCAACCCCCAUUCGCGGACACAUGCUUAUGGCUGGGAGAGUGAGAAGGCCGUAGAAGAUGCGCGUGAGCAUGUCGCCAAGCUUAUCGGUGCUGACUCCAAGGAGAUCAUCUUCACCAGCGGUGCCACCGAGAGUAACAACAUGAGUAUCAAGGGUGUCGCUCGCUUCUUUGGUCGAUCUGGCAAGAAGAAGCACAUCAUCACAACACAGACUGAGCACAAGUGCGUGCUCGACAGCUGCCGCCAUCUCCAGGAUGAGGGCUUCGAGGUCACAUAUCUCCCUGUUCAGAACAACGGUCUCAUCCGAAUGGAGGACCUGGAGGCCGCUAUUCGACCCGAGACUGCCCUCGUCAGUAUCAUGACUGUCAACAACGAGAUUGGUGUGAUUCAGCCUAUUGAGCAAAUCGGCAAGCUGUGCCGAUCGAAGAAGAUCUUCUUCCAUACUGACGCUGCCCAAGCUGUGGGCAAGAUUCCUCUCGAUGUCAACGCCAUGAAUAUUGACUUGAUGUCAAUUUCUUCACAUAAAAUUUAUGGUCCCAAGGGUAUUGGUGCCUGUUAUGUCCGAAGGCGACCUAGGGUCAGACUGGACCCUCUUAUUACCGGCGGUGGUCAGGAACGAGGUCUCCGAAGUGGAACUCUUGCUCCCUCCCUCGUUGCCGGCUUUGGCGAGGCUUGUCGCAUUGCCAAGGAGGAGAUGGCUGUAAGUACUCAUAACUUUCUUAAACCUCUCUCUGUACAUAUGAUGAGUUGCUCUACACAUGCAUGGCUUUCUGAAUGGCCCGUGACAAGGCCGGCCGUGUUGAUCGAAGCUUCUGUCUGAUCUACAAUGUCUUUCAGUCUUGUGUUUUGUCCAUGUCUACGUACAUGAGAUACUGACCUAUUUAUAGUACGACACCAAGCGCAUUAAGUAUCUCUCAGAUCGCCUGCUCAACGGCCUUUUGUCUAUGGAGCACACGACACAGAACGGCGCUGCCGACUCCUUCUACCCCGGUUGCGUCAACGUUUCCUUUGCUUAUGUCGAGGGAGAGUCUCUCCUGAUGGCUCUUAAGGAUAUUGCCCUGUCUUCGGGCAGUGCUUGUACCUCGGCCUCACUGGAGCCUAGCUACGUUCUACGUGCGCUUGGCAACAGUGAUGAGAGCGCUCACAGCAGUAUCCGAUUCGGUAUCGGCCGCUUUACCACUGAAGCGGAGAUUGACUAUGUCCUCAAGGCGGUGCAGGAGCGUGUCACUUUCCUCCGAGAGCUAAGCCCUCUGUGGGAGCUCGUCCAGGAGGGCAUCGACCUGAACACCAUUCAGUGGAGCCAGCACUAAGCAAGCUGUGAUGAUGAUGAUUAUCCGUUCAUCUAGAGUUUCGUGUUCAGUCUUAGUUACUCUGGAUGAAUCAAGGACGUUAAUGACGGUGACCGGCUGAAGCGAGGCUCAGUUGUGUCUGUAUAGCAUACUGUAAUAUCAGAGAUACCUCUUUCUUUUACAUUCUGAGGACGAAAAUAGGGAGCAAUUGGUCAAAGGGGCUUGCAAAUUAUGGGAUGGAUCAAAGGACGAUAAACAGGCGCCUCUCAUUCACAUCAAGCACUGGGAACGUGCUUUGCCUGUUGGAAAUGAAACAAACAAUCGGAGUUGAGUUUGGUUUGAGAUCAAGACUAGAGUCGCACAGAAUGAGACAUGACCAUUCAUUAUUGCGCAUGCCGACCACGUUUUAUCUUCUAAAGUGGUACC